GUUGCUACAGUGAUGGAAUAUGGGGCAUUUAUCAAAAUUCCAGGCUGCAGGAGACAAGGCCUUGUUCACAAGACUCACAUGUCCUCCUGCCGUGUGGAUAAACCCUCAGAGAUUGUAGACGUUGGAGACAAAGUGUGGGUGAAGCUCAUUGGAAAAGAGAUGAAAGAUGACAAACUGAAGCUUUCCCUCUCCAUGAAGGUUGUUAACCAAGGCACUGGAAAAGACCUCGAUCCAAACAAUGUUUCCCUUGAUCAAGAUGAGAGGAGAAAACGCACGUUCAGAGACUACUCGAGUCAGAAGAUCACACUUGAAGCCGUCUUGAACACUGUCUGCAAGAAGUGUGGCUGCAAAGGUCAUUUUGCCAAGGAGUGUUUUGUGCAGCCUGGAGGUACCAAAUAUAGGCUCAUUCCAGAAGAGGAGGAAGAGGAGGUGGCAGCAGCAGGAUUUGAAAGAGAUAAAAAGACCAGCAUGGCUGAUGAUCCUUCAAAAAAAAGGAAAAAG